AUGUCCGACUCGGCUUCCCCCAGCGAUAAUGCCUCGACCUCAGCCACAUCAACAUCACCUUUAGCAGGAGUAUUAUGGGUCACCACGAGCGUCAUGAACCCGAAGGUUACGGCUGCGCUCCUGGACGCCUGGUACGAUGAACACAAGACAGAUGUCCUUGGAUGCCCAGGCAAUGGCCGUCUCUUCCUCCGAUAUAAAAAUAUUGACAAAUCCGUCGAUGAUUUUGCCGACCCCAAAUUCGCCGAUCGCUUCACACCGACUGCUUCGAUCCAGAACAUUGCAAAUGCCGGAUGGCCUUACCUUGCAUUCGUCAAAUUGAGCGACUUGCAGUGGCUGGUGAGCCAACAAUUCAUUGAUAUGCCGAGAGUUAGCAAGUUGCUUCCAUUGGAGGCGCAUGGAUCGAUUGGCAGCGCUUUCAGUAAUUGGCACGCCGGCUUGCGUAGCUACGAGACGAUUGCCAGACUCGGUGGCAGCAGUGAAUCCACAGAACGACCACAGUACAUUGUGAGCAUUCAGACCGAGCAAGGAGACACAUCAACCCUGGAAGCUCUCGACAAGAAAUUUGUGAACUUGCCCGGAUUCCGAGGAUCUUUGAAGUAUCGCAACGUCAAUGGCCUGCUUGAAUAUCAGGAACCGGGUCCACUUCCUGAAGGCCUCGUCCUUUACGAAUUUGACGAGCAGCCACCAGCAGAGACUUUGGAAAAUGAACAGAUCAGAACGGAUGUUUGGGAAUUGACGAUCGAAUGGGGCGAUCUGAGCCUUGUUUUGUGA